GGACAGGAGCCGGGACAGGAACCGGGACACGGGCCGGCUGCGGCAGCCCCGGGGAGGCUCCCGAGGGCGCCAUGGCCCCGGCGCGGCGGCGGCGGCGGAGCGGGCCCGGGGCGGGCGCGGGGCGGCGCUGAGCGGGAGCGGCGGAGAGGGCGCGGCCCCGGCGGCACGGCCCGGUGUUGCCGGCAGCCCCCGCAGUGCCGGCGCCGCGUUCUGCUGGGCGCGGCGCCGCGCUCCCGGCGCGGCAUGGAGGAGAGCGUCGCGCCCUUCCCGCAGCGCCCCACGGACGCCGCCCGCGGGCCCCUCCUGAUGCCCCCCGAGCCCGGCCCCGCGCCCGAGCCCGGCUGCCCGCGCCGCGCCGACCCCGAGCCCGCGGCGCCACCCGGCCCCGCGCCGCAGCAGCAGGAUGAGGAAGAGGAGGAGGAGGAGGAGGACGCGGCGUUCUACGGCGCCGAGGAGGAGCCGGCGGCCGCGCGCCGCGAGGGCCCCGAGCUGAGGGACGAGCCCGACUUCUUCUCCUCGCUGGCGCGGCACGAGCCCGACGUGGGCCUGGAAGCGCACGACGAGGCCGAUGAGCCCGACCCCGCCCUCUCUGGAGCCGUCCCGGCCGCGGCUCACCGGACACAGCUCGGGCCGGCGCCCGAGGAGCCGCCGGCGUUCCCGCGGGCGCUGUUCCGGCCGCUGGCCGUGGCCGCGGCCUGGGGCGCCGACCAAAGCACUUUAGAGCGCCGGCCCGGCGCCGGGGGCUCGCCGCGGCCGCCGUCCCCGGCCGAGGAGCGGCCGCGCCACGAACCAAAGCACGAGGGGCCCGGCGCCGCGCGGGGCCGCGGCGGCGUCCAGAGGCUGCGCUGGAUCUCCCGGAGCCCCAGCCCGGCCCUCCAGGAGCCGCCGGCAGCGCCGGACGCGGCACGCGGCGCGGCCCAGCGCAGAGCCAAAGCCAAAGCCGCGGAGGGCGGCCGGCGGAGCGCGCCGGCGGCCGAGCCGCAGCCGGCCGAGCCGGGCGCCGCGGCGCGCUGGGCGCCGGCCGAGCUGGAGGCGGUGGGCAAGCAGACGUGGACGGUGAACGCCGAGGACUCGGUGGAGCGGCUGCUGCCGGCGCCGGCCAAGGCGCGGCCGUACGCGUGCGGGGCGCUGCUGGAGGAGCCCCGCGGCGGCGCGGAGCGCGAGGAGAGCCCCAGCGUGUUCACCUGCAUCGAGUGCAGCAUCUACUUCCGCCGCAGGGAGCACCUGCUGGAGCACAUGCUGCAGCACAGCCGCGGCGCCGAGCGCGGCGACGCCGGCGACUCCGCGCCCGCCGGCCGCUGCCGCCUCUGCUGCGGCGAGUGCGGCUGGGCCUUCGCCGAGCCGGCGGCGCUGGAGCGGCACCGCAGGCUGCACCAGGAGUCGCGGGAGAAGAUCAUCGAGGAGAUCCAGAAGCUGGACGAGUUCGCGGACGAGGGCCGCGAGGCGCGGCUGCAGUGCCCCAAGUGCGUUUUCGGCACCAACUCCUCCAAGACCUUCGUGCAGCACGCCAAGAUGCACGUCAAGGAGAGGAAGGAGCACGCCUCCAGGAGCUCCGGCCUCUUCGGAGAGCUCCGCGACGGCGCCGGGCGCGGCCUCUGCAAACCCUUCCAGGCCGACGAGCUGCCGGCGGCGCCCGGCGCCUGCGCGCUCUGCGGCUUCCCGGCGCCCAACGAGCUCAUCCUCAAGGAGCACCUGAGGUUCGCCCACUCGCACCUCUCCUGGCAGCCCGAGCCCUUCGAGGACGACCCCAACCAGCCCGGCACCAGCCGCGGCGCCUACAGCCCCGCCCGGCCCGGCCGCCUCGCCGACGCCGAGGCGCUCGGCAGGAGCGACAGGAGCUUCCCGGAGCGGCUCUUGCCGCCGCCGUGCCGCGAGGGUCCCUCCCUGUACGAGCCCGCCUUCGGCUCGGGCCACGCCAGGCUGGACAAGGGCGACGGGGCGGCCGGCAAGGAGCUGCUGCCGGGCCUCCAGCACGCCAGGAAGGCGGCGCCGCACUGCCAGCAGAGCGCGGCGCUGGCCGCGCUCCCCGCGCCCGGAGCCUGCUCGCACCCGGCCCUGCAGCAGCUGAGGAAGAGGGCGGCCGCCCCGCAGCCGGACGGGGACGGCGCGGAGCCGCGGCACCGCCGGGCGCCGGCCGAGGAGGAGCCGGAGCCGGCGCGCGGCAGGGCCGCCGCCGUCGGUGCCAUCCCUCGUGCCGCGCUGGAGCUCAAGAGAACCUUCCGGGCCGCGCUGAGGGCCGCGGACCCGGCGGCGGCGUCGUCGGAGCAGCGGCAGCAGCUGCGGAUGGCGGUGCCCGUGGUGGUCCUGGAGGAGAUGGGCGCCCGCCCCGGCACGCGGCCGCGGGGGAAGCCCCUCAAGAGGAAGCCGGCGGCGCCGCGCGAGCUGCUGCUGGAGGAGGAGCCCCUUCCCCUGGACGUGCUGCUGCUGGACGCGCCCCUGGAGGGGCCCCUGGGGCUGGAGGAGCUGCUGGGCGCCGAGGCCACCAUGCUGAAGAACGAGGAGAGGAAGUGCCCCUACUGCCCCGACCGCUUCCACAACGGCAUCGGCCUGGCCAACCACGUGCGCGGCCACCUGAACCGCGUCGGCGUCAGCUACAACGUGCGGCACUUCAUCUCGGCCGAGGAGGUCAAGGCCAUCGAGCAGAAGUUCUCCUUCCAGAAGAAGAAGAAAAAAGUGGCCAACUUCGACCCGGGCACGUUCAGCCUGAUGCGCUGCGAGUUCUGCGGCGCGGGUUUCGACACGCGGGCGGGGCUCUCGAGCCACGCCCGCGCCCACCUGCGCGACUUCGGCAUCACCAACUGGGAGCUCACCGUGUCCCCCAUCCACAUCCUCAAGGAGCUGCUGGCCACCGCCCCCGAGCACCCGGCGCUGCUGCGCGCCAUGGGGCCCUCGCCGGGCCGCGACCCGCACCGCGACCCGCACCGCCAGGAUCCCCACCAGGAUCCCCACCAGGAUCUCCACCAGGAUCUCCACCAAGAUUUCCACCAAGAUUUCCACCGGGAUCUCCAUCAAGACCUCCAUCAGGAUUUCCAUCAAGAUUUCCAUCAGGAUCUCCACCAAGAUUUCCACCAAGAUUUCCAUCAAGAUUUCCACCAAGAUUUCCACCAGGAUCUCCACCGGGAUCUGCCGAAACCGGCGCCGUUCGCGCCGCCCUGGGGGGACGAGGUCCUGCAGCCCUACAGGGACGUGCUGGCUCCUGACGAGGACGACUUGGUGGCCAUGGAGGUGACGUCCCCUCCCCCCAUCCCCAAAAAAUCCGGGAGCUCGGCGCUGGAGCCGCCCCCGCCCCGCCUCGGGACCAAGCUGAGCCCGGAGCCCCCCGGCAGCAAGGCCGAGCCCCAGGACUCCAAAGCCCCCAGCCUGACCACGUGCGAGGUGUGCGGCGCCUGCUUCGAGACGCGCAAGGGGCUCUCGAGCCACGCGCGCUCCCACCUGCGCCAGCUCGGCGUGGCCGAGUCCGAGAGCUCGGGGGCUCCCAUCGACCUCCUGUACGAGCUGGUGCGCCACAAGCCCAAGGCCGAGGGCCCCGCGCUGGCCAAGAAGUCGGCGGGCUCGCCCAAGGAGCCGGGCGCGCCGCGGCCGCCGCUGCUGCUGCUGCCCAAGCCCGAGGGCUCCGUCAACAAGGCCAUCAAGUCCCCGCCGGGCUUCGCCAAGGCCCUGGGCCGGCCGGGCUCGCCGGGGCUGCGCAAGGCGCCGGCGCCGCUGCCCGGCUCGCCCAAGGCGGCCGAGGAGAAGGGAGCCAAGCUGGCGCUCAGCCCGCUGCCCGCCGAGGCCAAGUGGGCGCCCGACGAGGACGGGCCGCUCAACCUCACCUCGGGCUCGGAGCCGUGCCGCGACAUCCGCUGCGAGUUCUGCGGGGAGUUCUUUGAGAACCGCAAGGGGCUCUCGAGCCACGCGCGCUCGCACCUGCGCCAGAUGGGGGUGACCGAGUGGUACGUGAACGGCUCCCCCAUCGACACCCUGCGGGAAAUCCUCACCCGCCGCCGCUCGGGCCACCCCAAGCCCCUGGCCAAGAGCCUGCUGGGCGGGCUGGCCCCGCUGGAGCCGCCGCGGGCGCCGCCGGAGCUGCACCUGCCCGGGCUGGGCAAGAAGGUGCCGGCGCCGCUGAGCCCCCCCGGGGCCGGCCCCGGCGCCGCCUCGCCGCCGCCCACGGCCAGGAAGAUGUUCCCGGGGCUCGCGGCGCCCUCGCUGCAGAAGAAGCUCAAGCAGGACCAGCUCAGGGUGGAGAUCAAGCGGGAGCUGAUGGCCGGGGGAGGAGGAGCCGGGAUCCAUCCCGGGGAGGCGCCGGCGCCGCCGGACCCGGCCUGGGCUGCGCACGAGGAGAUGGCGCCGCUCAACCUCUCCUCUCGAGCAGACCCGGUGCGCGACAUCCGCUGCGAGUUCUGCGGGGAGUUCUUUGAGAACCGCAAGGGGCUCUCGAGCCACGCGCGCUCGCACCUGCGCCAGAUGGGGGUGACCGAGUGGUCGGUGAACGGCUCCCCCAUCGACACGCUGCGCGAGAUCCUCAGGAAGAAAUCCAAGCCCUGCCUCAUCAAGAAGGAGCCGCCGCUGCCGCCGGGGCUGGAGCCGGGCGCGGGGCUGGGCGAGGACGGCGCGGAGCCCAAGGCGCCGCCGGGGCCGGCUCCGGGCAAGGCGCUGCCCCCGGGGCUGGCCCUGGGCAAGCCGGGCUCGGGGCUGGCCCUGGCGCCGCUGGGCUCCAAGAGCGCGCCCGGAGCCUUCCUGGCCGCCAAGAGGCCGCUGGGCGACGAGAGGCUGGGCGGGCACGGCGAGGCCAAGCACAAAGCCUUCGAGCUGGGCUUCAAGGCCAAGGCCCUGCACGACAAGGCCUGUGAGUGCCCAGGGGAUUCAUCAGCAGAGGCGUGCUGCGAGCUGUGCGGGCUGUACUUUGAGAACAGGAAGGCGCUGGCCAGCCACGCCCGGGCGCACCUGCGGCAGUUCGGCGUCACCGAGUGGUGCGUGAACGGCUCCCCCAUCGAGACGCUGCGCGAGUGGAUCCGGCACCGGCCGCACAAGGCGGGCGCCUACCGCAGCUACAUCCAGGGCGGGCGCCCCUUCUCCAAGAAGUUCCGGAGCUCGGCGCACCCGCGGGAGCCGCGCGGCGCCCUGGCCGUGCCCUUCCUGCCCAAGGGCGGGCUGGCGGCCGAGGCGGCGCUGGGCGACUGCGGCAAGGGCCCCGAGGGCGCGGCCGACCGGGGCCUGGGCUCGCCCCUGGGGCUGGUCAAGGUGGAGGAGCAGAGGGGCAACUUCAGCAAGUUCGAGCGGCGCCAGGCGCGGCCCCUGGAGCCGCCGCUGCCCCGCGACGCCGAGCCCGGCGCCGACUUCGCGCGGAAGCUGCCGGAGCCGCGGCCGCCGCCGCGCGUGCGCCCGGUGCCCGCGCUGGUGCCGCGCCCGCCGCAGACCUCGCUGGUCAAGUUCGUGGGCAACAUCUACACCCUCAAGUGCAGGUUCUGCGAGCUGGAGUUCCAGGGCCCGCUGUCCAUCCAGGAGGAGUGGGUGCGGCACCUGCAGCGCCACAUCCUGGACAUGAAUUUUUCCAAGGCGGAUCCGUGCCGGAGCGAGGCCCCCCCGGAGCCGCCCGCCCUGGCCCGAGGCUCCCUGAGAUUUCCCAAAUCCUGGGAAAUUAAAAAAAAAAAACCAACAACAAAAACCCAACCGUUCCAACCCCCCGGGGCCGCGGGGGCUCCGGGAGCGGCGCCGGCCCGGCUGGGACAGCCACAAGCACUACAGGAGCUGGGAAAACCGGGAAAAACCGGGAAAAACCCCGGGAAAAACAAACCCCCCGGGAAAAAAAACCAACCCCCGGGAGCGGGGGCUGGCCCCGGGAAUUCCUCCCUCCCCUCCCGGGACAGAACACAAAUCCCUUUUGGAUCCCAAAGAACCGGCGGCGCGCCGCCCGGGGGAGGGAAUUCCCGGCGCUUCCCGUGGAACGCUGUGGAUUUUGUACAUUUGGACCCUGGCAGAGUUGUAAAUUCCUCUUUUUCCUCCCCAUUUUUAUUUCAGUGGCCCCGUAGAUGUGGGAUUCCCUCAGUUCCGGGGUUGCAUGUUCCCAAAAUUCCCACUUUUCCGAGGAAAUCCCGCGGGAAUGCCCAAAACACUCCGGGAGGAUUCGGCUCCGUUUUUUCCCCCCAAAUUCCCGUUUUUUUUCCUCCUUGGUUUUAUUCCCGUUUUUUCCCCCCUCAUCCCGACUUUUUUAAACUCUAGAUUUGUGUAGAAAGCAAAGGAAAAAAAAAAAAAAGAUCCCUUUUUAUUUGGGAAUCCCGAAACUUCCGGAUUUCGGAAGGAAUUUUAACGGAGAAAUAUUGGGGUUUUUUUUCCUGGUUUUGGGUUUUUUUUUCCUUUUUUUUGUUUUUUUUUUUUUUUUUAUUUCCACGUUUUUCGGGACGUUUUUCUGGCGAUUCCUGUACCCGGGACUGGGGGACGAUGAAUUAAAUUCUUCUGGAGAUGAA